AUGUCCAAAACGCUGUAUUGAAUGUGUGUUGUGGUUUAUUGUCUGCACCAAAACGCUAAUGAAAGUUUGAAAACCUUAACGAACGCACGUACUGAGUACUAUUCACUGAAUAAGAAAAAGUGAACUUAUCGAAGAGAAUGGCCAACCAGAAUCCACGAGAUCAAGCCAGUUGUCUGUCAGUAUUAUUUUUCGCCUGGCUGCAUGGUUUGUUUAGGGUUGUUUAUAAGCGACCUUUGAAGGAAGAUGAUCUCUAUGAAUUGUCAGACAGCGACAAGGCAGAGGUUCACGUUGAACGUUUGCAACAGUUAUGGAAGGACGAAGUUAUCCAUGCGAAAGAGAAAGGCAGAAAUGCUCGGCUUUGGAAGGCAAUGUUCAGAUUUAUUUCCCUCAAAGAAACAUUGUUUUUUAUCCUUCUGACCUUGACAGAAUAUUGCACAUCUUGGUCUUCGAUCGUAUUUCUGUGGAUAUUUCAGAAACUGUCUUUAGAAGAUCAUCAAAAGAGCAUCUCAAGUCUUCACAUUGCAGCAAUGGUUGGCAUUUGCUUGUCUAGUGUGAUUGAAGUUUUUUUUUUAAAUCAUAACUUUUACAAGUGUUUGAAACUAGGAAUGCAAAUGAAAAUGGCUUGUAUUGGCAUUGUCUUCAAAAAGGUUCUUGCGUCCAAUCGUAGCAGCAUCUCCAACACCACAGCCGGUCGCAUUCUCAACUUGGUAUCAAAUGAUGCGAAAAGGAUGGAAGAACUAUAUAUAUUUGCAAGAUAUACUUUGAGAUUUUCAUUUGAUUUAACAGUCUCGGUUGUGAUACUGACUGUUCUCGUUGAUUGGCAGUCUUUAUCUGGACUUCUCUUUACAUUGGUUAUUUCUUUUGUCGAAAAUUCACUGAUUUCCAAGAACUUUGGCAAACUUAGAACUAAACAAGCUGGUAUUUCAGACAGACGUCUUGCCAAUGUGAACGACAUGGUCAAAGGAAUAAGGACUGUGAAAAUGUAUGCGUUGGAAUGGAAAUACAGGGACAAAUUGAAAGAGAUAAGAAGGGAAGAGAUAAAGGUCACACGUAUCAAGAAUUGUAUUCUCAGUUUCCCAAGAGUCAAGCUAUUAACAUUCUCCGUAGUUGCAACCCUGGUUUCAGUAGUGACCAUGGUAUACUCUGGCAUCCAUGUUAAUGCUGCAAAGAUCUUUACCCUUGCUCUAGCAUUGAAUGCAAUCAAUAAAUCAGCGUCUUUACAACUGAUGAGCACUUCGGGAAUGAGCGAGUCUUUGGCUUCAAUCUUUAGAAUUGAACAACUAUUAACGGUCUAUAGCCAGAGUUCUGCGAAGGAGGAAGAAAGGAAGGAAACGUCGCAAAGAAAAUGGAUAGGAAAAGAAAUUUUCGAAUACUUUAUGACUUAUUUCGAAAAAAAGCCCAGCAAAUCUUCAAGGAAUUCAGACUACACUUUCUCGGAAAAGAGUGCGGAAUCCUCCAAAAGAUCGGAUGAUCACGGCAAUUAUGACAAUGAGCCCACGGUCAUGCUCUCUCAAGUAUGCAGUGAUUGGAAAGUUGACUCAAAACGAUGCGCGUUGAAUGAUAUUUCUUUAAAUGUAAGUCCCACUCACUUGGUUAUGGUAAUAGGUCCUGUAGGGAGCGGCAAAUCCACUUUACUCAUGACAAUUUUGAAACAGAUUUCAAUCAAAUCAGGGAACGUUUCCACUAAAGGACAAAUAGCUUAUGCAAGUCAAACACCUUGGAUAUUCACAGGAACAGUUCGUGAUAACAUCUUAUUUGGUAAAGCGUACCAAGAGACGAGAUAUCAGAGAGUCUUAGAAGUAUGUGAUCUUUCUCAAGACAUCUGUCGGUUCCCAAAAGAAGAUCUGAGUAUGAUAGGCCAAAGAGGUGUCAGCCUGAGCGGUGGUCAGCGUGCUAGAGUUGGCUUAGCACGCGCAGUGUACUCAGAUGCUGAUAUCUUCUUGCUGGAUGACCCACUAAGUGCAGUAGACGCCAAGGYUGGAAAACWCAUCUUUGACAAAUGCAUCUGUGAAGAACUAUYKGGUAAAAUAMGAAUCCUUGUUACACAUCAACUUCAACACCUUCAUCAAGCUGACGAAAUCGUUGUCUUGAAGGAAGGUCGCAUCGUAGACCAUGGCUCGUAUGAACACAUCAGCAAAGACAAAUCUAUCAGUAAAAUGCUUGAAAAUUACGCAACUGCUGAUCUGAAARGUGUUACCACCGACAGAAGUAAUCUGUUGCCAUUUCACGAUGACCUCGAUGAGCUUACUGGACGUGAAAUGAUCGAAGAAGACGAAGACAAGGGAGCUGGACCAGAAACUGUAUCAUGGCGAUUAUUCUGGGAUUACUUACGUAUGGGGCUACCAGCUCCAUUGCUCGUCUGUCUGUUCGUCUUUUUUGUCAGUGUACAAGGUGCUAUAGUCGUUUCAUACUGGUGGCAGAAAGUCAUUGCUGCCAUGCCUUACAUUAAACAAAGGAACCCUACGACCCUUGGUGUUUAUGCAGCUAUUGUAUGCGGAGCCUAUAUCUUAGCAUCAAGCCGUAUGGUUCUUGUGAUCAUUGCUUUCAUCAAAUCAUCAGCAAGGAUUCACGAUAGGAUGACAGUCGCUGUCCUGAAGUCUCCAGUGUUUUUCUUCGAUACCAACCCUGCUGGACGAAUAAUGAACCGUUUCUCGAAAGACGUGGGUACUCUGGAUGACUUCUUACCAAGCGACUUCACAACAUCUAUCUCCUGCUUUCUUUAUUYUUUCGGAGUUGUUAUUCUAACAAGCGUCAUGAACUUCUAGUUUUUUAUUGCAAUCAUUCC